CAGACUGGAGCAGUUUCAGCUUGUCUUUUGGCCCCUUGGACGUUGUAAUUGCUUUUCUGUUGGAUUGAUUGGGAGAGUGGUUCGCAUAUGAUCUCUUCGUUUACGGCUCUUUCUUCCUUCUCUGAUUGCUAUUUGUUCUCCGGAAGGUUGAUUUUCUUUUGUAAUCUGAUCUCUCUGCUCCCCUUUAUCCCAAACAAAAAAGACCUUAUUGCCCCCUAGCGGUUGAGGGAGAAAAACGAAUUGUCAGUUCAUCCGCACUUGGAUGGAUUGAUUGUGAAUAAAUGCACUAUCUAAUAGGCAAAUCUAAUAAUAGUAGCGAUCAUCUAUCAAACAAAGAAAGAGUUUUCUAUCAAACAAAGAGUUGAAGUAUAGAAAGUGCAAUCAAGUCCGUAAAUGAAUGCAUGCAAUCCAAUCAAGUCAUCGAGUGACAUACUUUGGUCAGUAAUAUCGUGAAUGAAUGCAAUCAAGUCCUUCUGCUCCCCUUUUUCCUCUCCAAUUUUGUUAUGCCACUUCGGAGAGAAGAAAGACAAAAGACUAGACUCUCCAUCAAGAUUCGCCAUCAAAGAGUUAAUCCUUUCAUUCGCUAUCGGUGAAGUAUAUAACGCGUAAGUGCGAUCAAGCCUGUCGCUGAUUGCGCGGCUGCUGCUGGCUAGCUCUUAGAUUUGCUUGGCCUGGCAGGUAAAUGAGCGAUUUCACACUUUAAUUGAAAGAUUGGGUCAGUAUACUGAAGGAUCACCGCAGAGUUGAUUGAAAAAAGUCAAUAAGACACAAUUGAAAUAUCACACAUAUAGAUUCAAAUAGCCUAUUCAAGUCGAUUCCGUGGGUUGGAUUACUUCUUUUCUAUUCGCGAUGAUUCCACAUUUCAAGCUUCACGAGGAAAGAUCGUAUGUAUAAUGACUGCGAUCAACGACCAAGUCGUCACUUUUAUCUACAUAUAGAAAUGAAGUGCGACCGAGCAAGCAGUAUUGUAUGUAGUACGAUCAAUCAAGCCUAUCGCUGAUUGCGCGGCCGUUGAUUGAACAUUUUCUGUUUUUCAUCGAGAUUGGGUUAGUGUUAAGUUAAUAGUGCCUAUCGGCUUGGAUUAGAUUUGUGCAUCUUUCUUUCCUUUCUCCCAUGCUUUCCGUUGGUCAACAACCAACCAACUCGUUUAGUUCUUCACUACUCGUACAGGAAGGAGUCUCUUUCUGUCUGGAGGGAUUCAUUUUUUCUCAAUCAAUAAUGCUUCCACGCAUCUUUCUCUUUGAUGAAAACAGUCUUAAUAGUACUCCAUCGUCUACUACUCUUUCUUCUACUACUAUUACAAAUCAAUCUCAAUCAACGACGACUCUUAACGAUUCUAGUUUUCCAUCAUCUGGCACUUCUGGCACUCAGGGUUCUUCUAAUGGGAUUUUCGAAGAUCAUCCUGGUCUUAACCCUUCAAGUGAGCAUAUAGUAGAGCUGCAAUCUGCUAUACACGAAAAAUUAGGGGAGUUGGCUGAUAAAGAUGGACAGUCACGAUCGCGUAAUAUCAAUUUCGAGGCCUCGUCAUCGAAAGCGGCUUCCAAUUGCUCGGAAAUUCUCAGCUAUAUGGGGGGCUUGGAUGGUGAGCAAAAACAAUUGAUCAAGAAGUUGGUCAACUUUCGCAUGAAAGAAGGUAAAAGAACGAGAGUUCGUGCUAUUGUUUAUCAAACUUUUCAUCGCCCAGCUCGAACUGAACGCGAUGUAAUCAAACUUAUGGUUGACGCCGUAGAGAAUAUAAAGCCCAUAUGCGAAGUGGAAAAAGUAGGAGUCGCAGGUACUCUUUAUGAUGUCCCUGGGAUUGUAGCCAGGGAUCGUCAACAAACCUUAGCUAUUCGUUGGAUCCUUGGAGCUGCUUUCAAACGACGUAUAAGCUACAGGAAAAGCAGCUUAGAGAAAUGUUCAUUUGCUGAGAUACUGGAUGCUUACCGAAAGAGGGGAAUUGCACGUCAGAAAAGGGAGAAUCUUCAUGGACUGGCUUCCACCAAUCGAAGUUUCGCGCAUUUCAGAUGGUGGUAAAGUGAGACCACAUAAAGAGCUCUUCCUCAUUCAGUCAGAUUCUUCAGUAAGAUAUGGUUUGACUCCUUUUUGUUUGAAUCUUCAUAUAGAAAGCCGGCCGUCAGCUUAUAAAAGAACGAUAUAACAAAGAUGUUGAAAACAUCAAGGCCUCUAUCAAAGAGGAGGUGGAUAAAAUAGUGGUGGACAAUCUGAAUUCCACCUCCUCUGUUCAUAAAAAACAAUGUAUAGAAAGAUUCUUCCUAGAAUUCCUGCAAAUCGUGGAAGAAAAUCAAACUGAUAGAAAGAGAGCUUUAAACAACGCAGCUUUUGAAUCACAUUCAUAAACCCCGUAAGGGGGGUUCUUCUCCUCUCUCGUUCACUAUCGAGAGUCUGAUCGAUAAAGACUGUCAGGAGCAGGAGAGAGAGUAACCAGUCUUUUUCUAUUUAUUAAAUAUGCUGAUCCAGAGACUUCGUCUGAAAGUCUGUGUCCUCCGCUGUCGCCAGUCGGUCGCUUUUGCGACUGACCCCGGACGUUCGGUGAACUCUACUUGUUUCGGUGAGUAGAAGUAGAGGGAGACAACCCAUUUAUGAUUCCAGCCGAGAAGACCAGGAAAAGGAAGGAUCAAGAAUGUCAUAUAUCUCAGGAGCUAGAUCAGUUCCCGAUAAACAAGUCAGAAUUGCCUCAACAAAAAUGGAUGGAAUUGGACCUAAAAAAGCCAUUCAGGUUCGUUAUCGAUUAGGUAUCAGUGGGAACAUCAAGAUGAAUGAGUUAACUAAGUAUCAGAUCGACCAAAUUGAACAAAUGAUAG